AUGAAAGAUGCGCAGCAUGAGUUUGCAGAGGUCAAGAAGCGACAGUCCAAGUCCCUCAAGGAGGCCGUCAAAGAGUAUCGCAGGCGAUAUGGCAUCCCUCCACCUCCACAUUUUGACAAAUGGUACAACUUUGCCGUAAGCAAUAACGUACAGUUGAUUGAUGAGUUUGACAUGAUUCAUGACAUGAUGACGCCUUUUUGGGGACUGCAGCCGCAGACGAUUCGCGCAAGGGUGACGGAGGCGCUUGGGUAUGAUAAUGGGCUGCUUGGAGUUGCCAUACGAGAUCACGGCAUCACGCAUAUGGAUCAUGGGUAUGAGUGGCAGAAGAAUGCGACAAAGGGCAUGAUGGAACAGUUUAUACAGUACCUGCCGGACAUGGACUUGGCUUUCAACAUUCACGAUGAGCCUCGUGUCGUGGUUCCUCAUGACGAUCUGAUUCGGCUUGUGAACAAGGCCAAAGAUAAGAACAUGCCCAUGUUGAAUGGGGAGAAGAAGCUCGUCAAUCAAUUCUCAGCAAAGCCAUCUGAUCUCAGCGACGGCAAAAGGUUCAAAGAGACGAAGCUCUCGAGGUUCAACACGAUUCAAUAUCAAUCUACUUGGGCAGACUCCCGCAUGUCCUGUCCUCCCGACAGCCAGGCAAGGAUCCUUGAAGACGAGCGUGCCGACGAUCUGAGCAGAUACGGCAUCAGCGAUCUUGCUUUUGUGUACAACACAACCGCCAUGUCCGACAUUUGUCUCACGCCAUCCCUCAGCUCGACAUACGGCUUUUUCGAUCGUCCAAACUCGUUCAAAAUCACCCAUGAUCUGCUCCCCAUCUUCUCACAAUCCAAGAUCUCAUCCUACGGCGACAUCAUCUAUCCCUCCCCGUGGUACUGGUACAAGAAAGUCGCCUACAACGAAACCAACGACAUGCCGUGGGAAGACAAAGAGAGCAAGCUCUACUGGCGUGGCUCCACCACCGGAGGCUACAGUCGCAACGGCGGCUGGAGGAGACACCAUCGCCAACACUUUGUGCAGAAGAUCAAUUCCAAAGAGCAAGCCAAGGUCAUGGCCAACAGCGGCACCGUCGAGAGCCCCAAGUGGAUGGCCAAGGAGGUCCCGCGCGGGGACUACCAGGAGCUCAUCGACGUGCACUUUUCGCACGUCGGACAAUGCGACCCCGGCGACUGCGAGGCGCAAAAGGAGUUUUUCGAUGUGGUUGAUCCUGUUGACCAGCAGGAUGCUUGGGGAUACAAGUAUCUGGUCGACAUUGAUGGGAAUGCCUUUUCUGGCAGGUUCUACGCUUUCUUGCAGAGUCAGAGCUUGACUUUUAAACUCGCCCUGUUUCGCGAAUGGCACAACGAGUGGCUCAAGCCGUGGGUGCACUACGUCCCGCUGAGUCUUCAAGGAGAUGACUGGCUUGAAGCAGUACGCUUCAUCGAUCAAGACACCAAGGGGUCUUCCCAAGGGCAAAAGAUCGCAAAGGAUAGCCGUGAGUGGGCGAAUCAGGCGAUUAGGAAGGAAGAUAUGGAGGUGUGGUUUUUCAGAUUGCUGUUAGAAUACGGACGGGUGAUUGACGACAAUAGAGAAAAUCUUGGAUUUGAGAUAUGA